GAAGAAAAUAAUGUCGAUGGGCACCAAGGUUAUGCUGAUGGCCAACUCACUAUCCCAAUUCCGGCCGCUGACAUGCGUUGCCGCUGGCAAUAUCUACCACGGCAGGCUGGUUCCACAGCCACCGGACCUAAUUAAAUGGGUGAGAAGAGAAGGUGGGUUUGUGCACCAGGGUGUGAAGUUAACACAUCAACUGAACUCCUCCGACGGCAUUGGUCUCAUGGCAACUGAAGAAAUCCCAAAAGGGUCUGAUCUUAUUGUUCUUCCUGAUCAUAUACCAUUGAAAUUUGGGGCUUCUGAAGCGGAUUCUGAAAGUGGGCCGUACACUUCUUUGGUCAAGCUCGCUCAACAUAUUCCUGGUAUCACUCUUUCCUGAUGUUUCUUUAUGUUUACAAUUUAUUUGGCUGUCCAGAUUGCAUUUUUAUGCUCUCAUUUAUUUAGCAUGUACUGCAAGGUUUCUGUUUAUCUGAGUCAUUUUAAGUGUAGGUUAGUGACUAUAUUCUUGUGAAUUAGGCUUUUGAAUUUUGAACAUAAAGGAGUAAACUGGACUUUUGGAGAAUUUGACAGAGGAGCUGUGGUCUAUGAAACUUGGUUUGAAGCUUUUACAAGAAAGGGCAAAAAAGGGUUCCUUCUGGUGGCCAUACAUCAGCAAUCUCCCAGAAACAUUUACUGUCCCUAUAUUCUUCCAAGGGGAAGAUAUAAAGAACUUGCAGUAUGCUCCUAUACUUUAUCAGGUUAACAAAAGAUGCCGGUUUCUUCUUGAAUUUGACAAACUAGUGAAAGAGGAACUUCAAAAUCUGAAAGCAAGUGAUCACCCUUUUUCAAGCCAGGAUGUAGAUGCAUCUUCACUUGGUUGGGCAAUGUCAGCAGUUUCUUCUCGUGCAUUCCGCUUGUAUGGCAACAAACUACCAGAUGGGACACACAGUAAUGUCCCCAUGAUGCUUCCACUUAUUGAUAUGUGCAACCACAGCUUCUGCCCAAAUGCUGAAAUCGCACAGGAACAGGAUGCGCCAAAUGGAAGAAUGCUGGUGAAGGUUGUUGCAGGAACACAAAUAAAACAGGACGAUGUAUUACAUCUUAACUAUGGGAAUUUGAGUAAUGAUCUCUUUCUUCUGGAUUACGGAUUUGUAAUAUCCUCAAAUCCUUAUGACUGCGUUGAGCUUAAGUAUGAUUCAGCUUUGCUGGAUGCUGCUAGCAUGGCUGCCGGAAUAUCUUCUCCAAACUUCUCUUCACCAACUCCGUGGCAACAGCAAAUUUUAUCUUUGCUGAAUCUAGAUGGAGGAGAUCCUCAAUCACUAAAGGUAAGCCUAGGAGGAUCAAAGGUAGUAGAGGAUCGUCUGUUGGCAGCCUUGCGAGUGUUACUAUCAAAUGAUGAGGAGCUUGUACAAAAACAUGAUUUGGAUACUCUUAAGUCAAUAUCCGUUGAAGCUCCUUUGGGAAUAUCAAAUGAAAUUGCUGCUUUCCGUACUCUGAUUGCCUUGUGUGUCAUUGCUCUGGGACACUUUCCAACCAAGAUCAUGGAAGAUGAGGCCUUGUUAAAACAAAAGGUAUCCGCGUCAUCCGAGUUGGCUAUCCAGUUCAGAAUUCAGAAGAAGUCUCUUAUUAUUGAUUCCAUGCGGGAUCUGACUAGGAGAGUGAAAUUACUUUCUUCAAAACAAUCAUUGGCCUCUCAAGUGUAGUUUUCCAUUUACUGGUUCUUUCUUUAAACUUAUAUGCCCCGAGUGUUUACAUAUUACAGUAGUCCAUCACACUGCUGUUGAUAGGACUGAGGUUCAUCAGUUUACCUUGGUUGAGUCGGAAGCUUUGCUUGUUUUGCUUCUUUCUUGGAGUUUUGGCCAUGAACAGAUGAUAUGUAGUGGCUUUCUUAGACUUGGUACAUGUAGAAUUGUCACUUCAUUACAAGAUUUUGGCAAUUUUUUCCACCUCGAAGCUUGAUUCUUAGAUUCACCCAUUGUCGAUGAUGAAUUAAAAGCUGAAAAUUUAUCUGUAAAUCUACAAUCAUCUGUGAACACCAAGACCGACAGCAUAAUCACUUUUAUACUCAUUCUUCCUAUUAGCAGCGGCUAAUUUAUGAAGGAAAAAGAAGU